CGAUCAAACUCUUAUCCAUAUGGCCACCACCGGACUACUUUUGAUUUUCUGUUUCCUCCCUUUCAUUGCACUCACCACCACUCAACUAAACCUCACUGCCAUCAUAACCAUCACUUGCACGGCCGUAUUAGGGUUUAUUAUCCACCGUACAACUCCCAUAUACCUCGUUGACUUUUCAUGCUACCGCCCAGCUGACCACCUGAAAGUAACCCACCAAAAGUUUAUGGACCAUUCCAAACUACACGGUGCCUUCAAUGAAUCAUCGUUAGAGUUUCAGAAUAUUAUUUUGUUACGCUCCGGCCUUGGAGAGGAAACUUAUCUCCCACCCGCGUUACAUGCCAUACCGGCUGUACCCUCUAUUACAACCGCUAGAGAAGAAGCCGAGGAAGUAAUAUUCGGAGCUUUAGAUAACCUGUUCCACUCGACCGCAUUGAAUCCCCAAGAUAUCGGAAUCUUGGUGGUUAACUGCAGCAUUUUUAACCCAAUUCCAUCUUUUUCCUCCAUGAUUAUUAACAAAUAUAACCUCCCAGAAACCGUCAAGGCGUUUAAUCUAAGUGGGAUGGGUUGUGGCUCGGGAGUGAUCAGUGUUCAUCUCGCACAACAAAUGCUGAAAGUUCACCCGAAUACCUACGCGGUUGUCGUUAGUUCUGAAAACAUAACAGGAAAUUGGUAUACUGGUGCUAAAAAGUCCAUGUUGAUCCCUAACUGUCUGUUUAGAACAGGUGGUGCUGCGGUUCUUUUAUCAAACAAGCCCGGUGAGAAACACCGGGCUAAAUAUAAACUCAUGCACCUCAUCCGUACACACAUCGGCCCGAACCAAGCCGCCUACAACUGUGCGUAUCAACAAGAAGACGAUGCCGGAAACAUUGGAGUCACGCUUUCGAAAGAAUUAAUGGCCGUCGCAGUAGCCGCAUUGAAAGUUAACAUAAUAACGUUAGGCCCGCUCGUGCUUCCCAUCAGCGAGCGGGUUUUAUAUCUUGCUAGAAAACUCAUCAACUCAGAUAAAAACAAAUUGUGUUUACCGGAUUUUAAGAAGGCGUUUGAUCAUUUUUGCAUACACUCCGGUGGGAGAGCGGUUAUUGAGGAAAUGGAGAAGAACUUGCGGCUGAAGAAGGAGGACGUUGAGCCGUCGCGGAUGACGUUGCACCGGUUCGGGAACACGUCUUCUAGUUCGACUUGGUAUGAGUUAGCUUACCUCGAGGCUAAAGGGAGGAUGAAGAAAGGGGACCGGGUUUGGCAAAUUGGGUUCGGGAGUGGGUUUAAGUUGAACAGUGCGGUUUGGGAGGCGGUUCGAAACGUGAAUCCGUCGGAUCAUAAUCCUUGGAAUGACUGUGUUGAUAAGUACCCUGUGGAAAUAAUAUAUUAGUUUGGUUUGUACUUUGUAUUAUGAAGUGUUACGUGCGCAUAAGGUAUUAUUAGGUUAAAAGUCCGUUGUGUUUUUCUGUUUCUCUUUGGUUUGUAUUGAAGUUCAAGGUAUUGUUCUAUAACAUAUAAAUCCAUGCUUUUAAUAAAUAAGGAUUUUUUUACU